GAUCCACUUCCAGCGGGCCCCAGUCCACGAUCGAAGAAGCGGCACCUGGAAUCGGAAACCGGUUCGAACGCUCGAGAAAAUCAAGAUGUGGGGGAAGGGGAAGAAGCGCUUCGGCGGCGGGGGCGGGGGCGAGCCGCCGGCCAAGCGCCAGGCCGCCGGCGAGGAGGGGCCCUCUGAAUCAGCCGAAGACGGCACCGUCGUGGCCGAGAUAUCGAAGAACAAGAAGGUGUCGGUGAGGAGCUGGAAGGGCAAGGUCUACGUCGACAUGCGCGAGUUCUACGUCAAGGACGGCAAGACCCUCCCUACCCGCAAAGGUAUAUCACUCCAGUUGGAUCAGUGGAAGAUACUGAGGGACAAUAUCAAAGCCAUAGAUGAGGCUAUCAAGGAGAACACAUGAUAGGAGCCUUCGAUCUGGAUCACAUAGGGCAAUCGUUUGCAUGUUCUCUUCAGACGCCUGAUGUAUGCUAGUAUGCUUCAACGUUGCGCUUGUGCCACUUGACCAUCUGUUCUUGUUUUAGGUUGCUGCACGGCAAAGCUAUGUAGUCUGCACUUUGGACAUCCAGAUGACAUGUAGCCUUAAUGAAUGAGUUAGUGACUUGACUUGGUGUUCCCAAUUCA